AUCAUGUACUCUACUCUGUUUCACAAAGUCAACUCUGUCCUCAAAGGGUGGGACUAAGAACAUUUGUUAUGAAAGAUGUCAUUCGUUAGGGCUGCGAUGAUAAUUGCGUCAAAGGCAAGAGUACUGGACUUUGCGAGGGCUACAUCUCGUCUCAGCGGCGUCCAUGUGAGUCAGCCAAUGGUGAAAUGUUGUCCCCAGCCCCGGAUUCCUCACGCAGAAGGUCUCAGGGGAUACAGCAGCACCGCCGCGCAGUUGGAACCGGCGAUGCCCUCCUCAGCCGAUGAAGGAGUGAAGCUCAGCGCAUCAUGCGUAAAGCGGCUCAAGGAGAUCAUGGAGAAGGGAGAGUAUCUGAGGAUCCAUGUGGAAGGAGGGGGCUGUUCAGGGUUCCAGUACAAGUUCUCCGUCGACCAAAACAGGGAUGAGGAUGACAGGGUGUUUGAGCAGGACGGGGUGGGAGUCAUCGUGGACCAAGACAGCCUGGAGUUUGUGAAGGGGUCGACCCUGGACUAUACCAACGAGCUGAUCCGAGCCGCUUUCCAAAUGCAGAAGAAUCCACAGGCCGACCACGGCUGCUCAUGUGGCAGCUCCUUCUCCGUGAAGUUAUGAGACCAGAGAUUUGAAUACAGUGUUCACCAAGCAUACCCUUCACUUGGGCGCAUCCAACAGUACAGAUCCCAUACCGAUUGGCAACACUGGCCAAAGUAGAAUAUGUUGUUUAUUGAAGUUAAUAUUGAGUGUGAUAUUUUAUUAUGUAAAAUGUAUAAAAAUAAUUAUAUAUGAAAUAUAUUUAAAUACAUAUUAUCUUUUUCCUCCUAAAUACCA